UGAUGACAGCUUCCGAUCCCUUACAAUCCUGUUUUUCAAUGACAUCAGCCUGAUAGGCUUUAUCCAUAGAGACGAGCUGGCCGGACUUCGAGAGUUCCUGUUUAUUUUGUCCAAGCUAUUACCAGCCAGUGAGGACUACAUAGCUAAGCUCUUCGAAAUGUACCAAUGGGUGGACUCAAUAUAUGAUCACCCACAAGGUGCCAAACAGCUGACAGGAAGACUUUGGCUAGACAAGCUAAAGGAAAUACAAUUCCCUGAAUUCCGCGGCGAAUUUGUUGCUUGCAAAGGGAGCCAACCAGGCUACCGUGGUUACCCUUGUGGUCUUUGGAUCCUGUUCCAUGUGCUUACUGUUGAACACUACAACAAUGGGGAUAGAUAUCCGGAUCUGGCGGGAGACGCGGUGGCACAUGCGAUGAAUCGUUUCAUCCCCAGGUUCUUCUCUUGCACCAUAUGCGCAUUUCAUUUCGCAGCAAACUCUGCAAAUAUUGCUCGACCAGAUGAACCUCGCUUUCCGGAACACCGUCUAAAGCCUUCCGAAUUCAACUGGGACGAAUCCAUCCUGAGCCAACUUCCUGCAGCACCGACGACUGCUUUUGAGGAAGUUCUCUGGCUGAAUGCAGUACACAAUCGGGUCAACAAGCGUCUUUCCGGAGACAUUACCGAAGAUCCAAUGGCCAAAAAGGUCCAGUAUCCACCACGAGAUGUAUGCCCAGCAUGCUGGUCACGCGACCCAGAAAACGAUGAAAAAUACAUUCUCGGCAAAACAGAAAAAACUAAAACUGUUCUGUUUGCUUUUCUAGUAGAUCAUUAUAAACCCACGUCCUGGGUCACCGCGGCGCUUCCCUUAUCCUUCCUGAAAUUAAGAGGAUCGGUCGAAUGGGAAGACAGCACGUCAAGAGAUCUUACUACGGUCGUCGCAGUUUCUGUGGUGAUUACAGUUAUUGCUGUUGUGGCCAUACUUCUGCUGUCCAGAUUCAUCUGGAGAUUUAGAACACGGAAAUGUGGAGUCUCUGGAUACACUCAUCCAGUAUCCACCGGCCUUUUGGCCUGAGAUAGAAUAAAGCGCAUUUUUGUGUGUCCAAAUGAAACGAUACAUUGAGCUUUCGACCCCUUCACUUCCACUUAAUUUCAUUUAUGAGUUGCUAUCGUUCUUGAGCAUGUCUAGCACUCCUUGCAUUUCUACGCUAAGAUCUUGACGCAUGAAUUCUUACUUUGAACAAUAGGCUAUCGUUUCUUUUGACAAUGUGAUCACCUGUGGUUAUCGUUCGUAGUGUAGUUGAGCGAUGGAACGCCGCUUAUGUCCCUUUUACUUCAACUGUCUUCGUUCUUAUCCCCUGCUGAAUCACGUGUACUUGUUGCUUUUGUUGAGUGAAGACCGUUUGUAUUGGCUGACCAGAAAUUCUCGCCGUUACACAACACCAAAUACAAACAUGUGAUUGGCGACAGA